GGAAAGACACCAGCUUCAACUGGCUUUCUAGAAAGAUGAUUUAAAAAUAAGACUGUUGACGACGUGUUAAGACAAACAUGAAAUCCUCUGUGCUUCUACUGCUCGUUGGGAUUUCUCUUGCAUUUGCCGGAAAACACUCUCUAAAAUAUUUCUACACUUCCGUGUCUGGAGACAACAAUUUCACUGCAACUGGUCUGGUCGAUGACAUUCAGUUUAUGUACUUUGACAUCAACACAAAGAAAGCUUCACCAAAAACAGAAUGGGUGAGAGAGAUUGAAGAAUCAGAUUACUGGGACAGUCAGACACAUUCAUUGAUUGAACAACAUCACUGGAUUUUAAACAACAUCUGGACAGAGUCAGCAGGUGAGCACACAUACCAGAUAACUUACGGCUGUGAAUGGAAGGAUGAAACUGGGAAAACAAAUGCGUUCCAUCAGUAUGGAUACGAUGGAGAGGAUUUUCUGUUUCUGGAUUUGAAGAGGGAUGAAUGGAUAUCUCCAAUGAAGCAAGGAUUCAAGACUCAAGAGAGGUGUAACAAUGAAACCAUCCGUCUUGUGCACUGGAAAUACUACCUUGAAAUUGACUGUAUUGAGACUUUGAAAAAGCUCCUGACGAUUGGGAAGAGCAGCCUGGAGAAAACAGUCUCUCCUCAGGUGUCUCUGUUACAGAAGAACUCCUCCUCUCCAGUGUUGUGUCACGUCACACACUUUUAUCCCAGUGAUAUUACAAUCACCUGGAUGAGAAACGGACAAGAGCUUUAUAAGAAUGUGAAGGUUGGGAAAGUUCUUCCCAAUGAGGACAGCACCUUCCAGAAGACUGUGAUCCUCCAGACUGAAGCUGAUGAGUGGAGGAAGAAUGAGUUCAGCUGUGUGGUGAAACACCAGAGCAAAACCUUCAGAAAGACUCUGACAGAGAAGGAAAUCAGGACUAAUUAUGAAACAUCUGCUCUGGUUGGCAUAAUUGUUGCUUUUGUUUCUGUGGUGAUUGAGUCACUGUUGCUGUCAAUGUUGCUGUCGGUUUUUCUGUUGAUUACUGCUGUCCUCCAGCUUUUGGUAUAUCAGUGGAUAUUGAAUUCAGCUGGCGGGGAUGAGUCACUGGAUGACGAUGACAUCCUUUCUUUGACAUCAUCGGAUCCAGCAGUGAGCGCUCUUUUGGCUGCUAGCCCCAGAGAGCAGGAGAUGGCGGUUGAAGAAGAAGGAGGUGAGCCUGCUGGUUCUUCUAAGCCUCCCUGCCCAACGGCACACGUGGCAGCGGGUCAGGCCGGUGCAGCUCUACACACUAUGGCGGUAUUACAAGCCUACCAGGCUGACCUGCUGAAGGAUCUGGACCAGGGGCAGGGUCUGUCCCCUGAGGCGGUGGAAUAG